AUGCGACUUGGGGUUGCGCUCUUUUUGCUUUCGAGCGCGACAGCCCUGUGUCUGCAGAUUCCCCGUAUCGCAGGGCUACGGCAGUCUUAUUGCUGCCUCAACCGCCAAAAUGAAGCACAUAUCGCAUUUGUAGGGUCAAAAAACCAGGAUUAUCGGAGCAAUGGUAGUGAAUACUCGCCGUAUACCACCUCUGCCGGAAGCAGAACAUCAGUUGUGUUCAGUCGUGGAUCUGGAGGGUAUUCAAACCCUGUUUGCCAGUCUCACGAUGCAUUUGCAUCGUCUCGAUAUGCUGAUGGCGCAGCUGAUGCCGGAUACAGCGGAAGAGGUGUGCCAUAUAGACAGGUCGGAUGCUCUGCAGAUUUCCAAACGCAAAGGACGUUUGCGUUGGGAUCGUUCUUUGGCUCUGUGAACAGCGUUUUCACGGAUGCGGAGUACGAGCACAGGUUGGAGCUCAAUUGGAAGUAUGACACGAUCACUGAUGAGACCGACGAUUCGGGAUUGCCCCUUGCGCCGGAGAACGAGGACUAUGACAUUGACGACACCGUGCCGGAAAGUGACACCGACCUGACCAAGCCUCCGUCGUCGAAGGAAGAUUGGUAUCUGAAACGUAUGGCGCGUGGGCGUCGUUUCUGGCACAAAUAUUUCGCUGACCCGUCGCAGCAGUCUCUGCGCUUCUACAGGCUGGUCAAGAUGAAACAUGACCUGAAGUUCUGCAACCGCGUUGUUCGGCGCAAAUAUAUCGAAUUGCGGCCAGAAAUCAAGCCCGAGGUGGUGGAUGGUCGUGUACAGCCUCUGACGCGCCGACAGCGGAACCAAAACCGCAGCCGUAUCCAGGUGGUGCGCACCACUGUGGGCUACGACAACUCGAGUGACGACAGCAACGUGCUCAUCCUAUUGACGUUGCCGCAGGCACGUUUGGUGCGGAUGGUUGAGAGAAUACGGUUGCCGCACCUUCUUGCCUUGCGUAACUACGAGAUGCUGCGGAUGCUGCGCCACUCGAUGCUGUUCAUGUCCAAGCCGAACAUUUUCGAGAGCACAGUCGACUUCCUGCUGACCUUCUCACGCUUCAACCACGAAUUUGACGGCGAUAUUCCGUUGUUUUGCGAGCUGCCGUCAAAGCCGGUGAAGCGAUUCCGACCUAUGAUCUACGCCGUCAUUGGGAAGCUGCGCCAGGACCCCUUCGCAGACCACCUGCUAAAGGUACGCCGGUCGCAGCCACCGCCCAUCAGGGAGCCAUUCCCGCGGUGCGAAUCGAACGAGAGUAGCACGUUGACAAAGUUCCUGGACUCUUGCGCAACACUGAUCAUGGAGAGGCUCCGAAAUGCGGAGUACGACUUUGACGCCGUUAUGGACAGAGACUUUUCCGACAACUUCGCGGAAAUGAUGCCCACAUACACCACCAAAGAGAGUGUCAAUCGCAUCGAUUAUCCAGUCACUGUUUCCUUCUCGAAAGAGAUGGCGCCUUAUUUGCGAGAGCCGGUGACUCCUCCCCCCGAUGGUGGCUCCGCUGCCACCACGGAUGGCGGCAGCCAACCUGCUAACGAGAGCGAAGCUCAAGAGGUCGUAGAAGAUGGUGACUCUUCCGAAGAUGGUGCAUCUGCGGAUGGUGAGGCUGAUGGUUCUGAUGCUAUCGGUGAGGCUAGCACUGCUGUGCCACCGCGUGGCUCCACGGCUCCAUGGACGAGAGACGAGGUGAAGCUUAUGCUGAAGAGGGUGAUGAAGCUCGGGCUGACCAAGCCGUCAACUAUAAUCGACCGUAUGCGGCGGUUGCAUUGUGACAUCGGCUUUAGCUUCGAGGACCUGCUCUGGCUGGGGAGGACCCGGCCGCAGCUGUUCCGCUACGGCAACUACAAGCAGCGCUGCCAGCAGAUUUACGACUGCGACGAGUCGCUGACGUUCGAGGAUAUACUGUCGAUGGUGCACCGCUACCCCAAUCUACUGACGUUUAAUAUAGGACGUACGGUGCGGCCGAAGAUCUACUACUUCCGACGCGUCAUGCGAAGGGACGUAGCGGAACUGACACAGUUCCCCAAGUUCCUCAGCUUCUCGCUGUACGACCGCAUCAUUCCAAGGCACCUGGCAGUAAUGAACGCCGCGUAUCGUGGAGAGUUUCUGAAGGUGUACCGGUUCCUGUUCGAGUCGGGCUUCUACAAAGGAUACGGCCAAACAGUUACUGACGAACGGGUGCCGGACAUACUUCCAGCGGAUCACGGUCGAUACAUGGCAGCUUACGAGCAGCUCAGCAGGGCGCCUGACCUGAGGCUAAUGUUCACUUCGAGUGACGACGCCUUCCUGCGGCACUUCAAUUUAUCAUACCGCGAUCUGGCGCAGGGCAAGGAAGACGCCAUGAAGAUACCGCUGCCCGCAGACUUCCCGGUGGACGCCGAUAUCCGCGAGCCAAGAGUGAGGGUCUUGCGCGACGGAAAGUUCGUAGGAGACUUCGACCUGGCGGAGGCGCAGAGCGUGGCGCGGGAGGCGGGCCUAAACCUCAUCCUUUUCCGUCCGCGCUCGUCGCCGCCGAUAUGCGUGCUGGCGAAGUACACGGAAUUUAUAGAGCAGCAGCGCUCGUUGCGUGAACGCAGCGCAAACCCCGCCAAAAACACGACAUCAGCGCCAGCUGCCGACGCGUUUUCGUUCGACCCGAGCCUGAAGGUUAAGGUUGUGCAGAUAUCCUCGCAGUGCGCUGAUAACGACUUUGCGAGGAAAGUACAAAGCGCACGCAAAUUCCUUGAGUCCGGGCACCGUGUGGAAUUGGUCGUCUUCGCGAAGUCGGCGCGUAAAGGGCGCUCCGCUACCCCCAUGACAUCGGCAACGGACGGCCAUAAUAGCGCCGUGGCUGCCGCUGUCGCGAGCGCUGCAGCGAAAGGGGUGCCGCUCUCGUACUCCCUCGAUAACCCACUCAUACAGCGUGUUGACUACAUUUACGCCCAACUGGCGGACGUUGGAAGGCCGUUCACGCUGCGCAGCAAAGUAGACACUAAGCAGCGGCAGCUGCUGCUUAAGUUCUGGCCCGUUUGA